UCCUCACACCAUUCAUCUCCAACUGCAGAACUGGGAAAAGUGAACAGUUUCCUCAAGAUAAAUUAUGGGUCAUUUCUGUAACUGUUACUAUAAUGAAUGAGCAAAGUCCCUAUGUGUAGUCAUGAAUAAAUCUUGAAAAACUGUAUAGUGGAAAGUUACAAAAGGCUCUAGCUAAUGCCAUUUAUACAAAUAAGGUGCACAAAGGUGGGCUUAUUUGAAUGGCAGAGGUGUGAGAGAUGAAAAGUCAGCAAUAUCUGCUAUUCUUUCUGGCAGUUAGGUGCCGAGAGAAAGGAAACGGAGGCAUAAGAAGGCAGGGAGAGUCCACUUCUACAGAAGAGCAAAGCAGGUUUGACUCAGGACUCAAGGUGCUUUUGGAGAGUCCCCAUUAUGGGAUUAUGGUAGAACUUGAGAGCCUAAUUGACAGAGACCACCUUUUCCCAUUGCUACGUACUGCAGGAAGGACAAGCUGUCCAUUUGUUUAUGAAUUGCUGCUGGUUUCCAGUUGCUGGUAGAAAGGAGUUAAUGGUUAAGGAAGGUCAGGGCCAGGCCUACCUAGUAAAUUAACAGUGACAAAGUGCUUAUGUGCCAAGAAUUGGUCUCUCCCUCCCUUCCUCUCUCCCACCCCCUUUGUGUGUGUGCCCAGGCACAUGUGUGCACUUGUAUUUAGUGAGGCUAGAGGACAGCCUCAGGUGUCAUUCCUUAGAAUCUAUCCAGCUGGGGUCUCUUGUUUUAUUGAUUACUAUAGGUUGGCUGGCCAGAAAUCUCCAGGGAUCAUCCUGCCUCCACCUCCCCAGUGCUAGUAUUACAAAUGCAUGCCACCUUUUAACAUAGGUUCUGGGGAUCAAACACGGGCCCUCCUGCUCAGAUGACAAACGCUUCACUGACAUUUGCCCAUUUUUUGUUCAUUUUAGCGCUAGAUAUGGAAGAUGAUCCCUAAAUUGUUAAGCUGUUGUACUAUGUGGUUAUUGGCAUCUAAACAUGAAUAGUCAUUACUAGCAGGAAAGUUUUGGCGGUAAAAGAAUUAGCAUUUGUGGAAUUUACUUCUCCUAUAUGCUAAGGCUUUGUGCUGUGUUUAAUGGAGAACUCCCACUAUGUGUAAGGCACUGGACUAGGUGCCUAGAAGGGUGGACUUGAGAGCACAAGUGUAUUAAACAGAGCAAUGCUGAGGGAGCACUGAUCCUUUGCACUGGAUGAGCCUGUUUCAUUCUGCUGGGGGAGAAUGCAUUGUAAGAAGCUUUAGGGGUGGUGGAGCGAUGAGAGCACAAAGGACGGCACUUGCUGGUUAUUCGUUCCCAUCUUUCCAGCGGGAGCAGAUCCUGUAACGACACGUGAGUUACUCUGCCCAGCUUUGUGUUUCAGUGAAGCUUGUCUUUUGGUUUUAGAGAUCGAUUCUUAGUUCUUAGACUAAGCAUAGAUUGUCUUUGCACAGUGGAGUGUGAACUGAUGUGCAUUUGUACUGCUUCACCAUCCUUGGGUAACAUGGCAGCCUGCUUGUAGCCUGCUUGGGCACUUUUUAAAGCAUUUGGUACAGUAGUUGAAUGAAAACAACCACAGAAACAACAGCAACCACAGCAACAAAAGAACCCAUAGAAUGGCCUGAAUUGACAACUAAAACCAAGAUUGCAGAAACAGAUCGUCUUUCUGAGUCUGUUGAAUGCGAGCAGAGAAACCGUGCCUGUGGGGAUAAGAAGUUAAGCUUUCCUUGUAAGAGAGAGUUUAUAUUCAGAACGCCAAUCAAGUUAAGCAAGCCCGGAGAACUCAGUGAGGAAUAUGGAUGCCUGAGAAAGCUGAGAGGGGAGAAGUUACAGGAAGAAAAAGAUUGUGAUGAUCAGAUACACAAGCUACUGCAGGAGGAUUCCGAAGUGGGGAAGAGGAAAACUGAUGCACAGAAGAAAAGGGACGAACCAGCGGUGCUGAAAACGAGUCUGGAGCAGUGUCCUGCACGUCUCUCGGAUUCAGAGAAUGAAGAGCCUUCUCGGGGCCAGAUGAUGCAGACCCAUCGCUCUGCCUUUGUUUCCAAGAACAGCUCCUGCUCCUUAGCGUUCCUGGCAGGGAAGUUAAACACUAAGAUGCAGAGAAGUCAGAGCUGCAGUGACACAGUUCAGGACAGAGUGAGGAGCAGGCUCAGAACAGCUCCGCCCAACAGAGCCAAGAUCACAACUAUAACUCCAGGCUCCACCCCCAUUAUUGGCGUUCUCUUGUCUACUCAAAACAACCGCUGCCUCUCCGCCCCUGACUUAACCAUCGAAAAGCGCCUGCCCUUCAGCUCCCUUUCAUCCUUGGCUUCCUUGCAUAAGCCGGAGCGCUCCAUCAGCCCUGAAAGCAAUGACAGCAUCUCUGAAGAGCUAAACCACUUCAAGCCCAUCGUCUGCUCGCCAUGCACCCCUCCCAAGAGACUCCCUGAUGGCCGGGUGCUCAGUCCUCUCAUCAUCAAGUCAACGCCUCGCAACCUGACCAGAAGCCUGCAGAAGCAGACGUCAUAUGAGGCCAGCCCUCGCAUCCUCAAGAAGUGGGAGCAGAUCUUCCAGGAGCGGCAGGUCAAGAAGACCCUUUCCAAAGCCACUCUCACCUCCCUGGCUCCUGAAGCAGGGGAAGAGUUUCCAGGUUCCGACGCAAUGCAUUCCAGCAAGGAGAGGCCGUCUCUGGCCUUCAAUACAAGGCUGCCCAGGGUCCAGGUGCUCUCCGAGUGUGCUGGGCCCACCUCCACUGCCCUUGAGUGCUUCCCCUCUGUUAACCAGACCAAAGUAGAACAGGACUGUGUUAGAAAACAGAGCCAUGAGUUCUCACUGGAAACCUGCCAUUCCUCGGAGCACAGAGGAGCAGCCAGUGGGCCUUGUCUGGAACGGGAGCAGUGUGAGGAGUCAGGGUCCACCGUGGAUGCCACAUUAGUCAAGACUUGCAUAAGCACAGUCAUGAAGACUGCAGCAGUUAAUUCACUGCUACCCAAAGAUGAUGCUUUGGGUGGGGUCCUCAAAACAAAGCAACAACUGAAGUCACUCAGUCAUUUUGAUCUGGGUAAUGGCAUUCUGGUCAACAGCCUAGGAGAGGAGCCGAUUCCUUCCCUGCGCAGAGGCCGGAAAAGGCGCUGUAAGACCAAGCACUUGGAACAAAACGGUGUUAAAAAACUGCGACCGCCGGGCAGUAACAUGGACCUGGCCCCCAAGGACCCAGGGCUGCUUGAGGUGGGGCAGAAAUUGCAGCAGGAGGAAGAGGGCCAGCAGCUGGCUCUGCAGUCACAGCGCAUGUUUGACAGUGAGAGGCGGACUAUGAGCCGGCGAAAAGGAAGUGUGGACCAGUAUCUCUUGAGGUCCAGCAGCUUGGCUGGGGCCAAGUAGCACUUGAUGGACAGAGUAAUGUUCCCUGCUUCAGAGGUCCUUGACCUCAGCCAUUUAUCCAAAAGAGCUAGCUGAAUGUUCUCAUUUGGAGUUUCUUUCGAUGGCAAACCACUGUCUGCUACGGUUCUGAGAGGAUCCAGAGCCUUGGUAUUCAAAAGCCAAGUGUCUGCAUCCUUGGCUUUCUAGGACCAGGGCCAGUACUCCUCACUCUUUGAGUAAGCCAACUCUCAAGGCUUCUGGGCCCAAACCUGGCAGUGCCCACUUGAAGUGAGCUUGAGAGUGGCCGUCAUUCAUGAAAGUGAGGGCCAGUGUUAGAGAUGGUAGGGAGAUGGGACGGGUACCUUCUCACACUCAUAAAGCCCCUGGCUUCUUCCCACAGAGUGGUGUUUAAGUUCACCUUGCAGAUAAACAUGGAUUCUUUUCAGAGACAAGCAGUGCCAGUGCUUUGGAAGAGCCAAGAUAAAUAGAUGCUCGCAUUCAUCUUCCCUCCCCUUCGCUACAAGUCAUUUCUACAUACCCAAAUCAGUUGAGCUUAGAACUUUUACCUCUACAGAAAUUAUUUGCAUUCUUUGUGUAAACUAUGACAUUUGAUUGAAGCAGUGUGGCUGACCUGACUGGUAAAUGCUGUCAGCUGGAUGUCCAGGUUCUCUUAGCUGCCAGGUGGCCUAGCCCAGACUGACCACUGGCUCUCAGGCCACAAGUCCCAUGGAUUCUCUACAAUCACAGGGUGCCCAAAGGAAGUACAGCCUAGGGCAUGCCAGGGCCAUGACUGAACAUGACAGUGCAAAGCCCACCUAGAAGCACUUCACCUUGCCGGGAUGGAAAGCAAAACUGGAGUGACCUCACUGCCUGCUUACAGGCUCCUGUUCUCCCGGGAGCCCUCGCCCGGGAGACGAACUGGGAGGUUUCCUUACUACUUCCCACAUGGCAAUGGCUAUCUGCAAUUUUUGAUCUAAAAAUCACGAAAAAAAAACUUGCCCUAAAGUCAGGCAAAGGACAAAGCUGAAACUCCAUACUGUGGAAACAAGGUAUCUAGCUGGAUGCAGCUGGUCAGUUCAGUCCCAUGGACCUUUGGGGUUUAUUUUUCUUAGCAGCUUGACACCGUGUGUCUUUUGCAUCCCUGGUGGUGCUUGGUGCUUCUGCCCUUCUGGGCUCAUUGAGAAUAGGAUUAUGAUACGGUUUUAGGGACUCUCAGGUGGGCUGGCCUCUCCUGUGUGUGUGAGCUGUUACAUAGUCAUGUGACUGACAUUUUCACAAACCUUCCAGAGCUUUUACACCAGUCCUAUCUUGUCCCCUUUAAAAGGUCCCAGCAAGAUACUCCAUAGUCAUCUGGUGAUGUUGCCUUUGAUCAGAAUGUUUCUGAAACGUUCAAAGCUAGAAGUAGCUGGAGCUUAGACUCACUGUUCUGUGCCAAGGGAGAUGUCAGUCUCUGGGAAUUCUAGGAGAGAGAACUUCAGAUUUGGAGUUAGACAGAAACUGGUUGAAGCUUCUGAAGGUGGGAAGAAGGAUGUGGAGUCCCAAGCACUAUGUCCCUUGAAGCAGACAGAACUUAAUGUCUCUGCAGCUCAUAGUUGACUGUUCGCAGGAAUGUUUGAUGUGUAAGGUGGCCAUUAGCAAGGUGGCUUAGGAGGCUGCUCUGGCAGGAACUGUGUGAGUCUGGAGUGUGUGUGUGUGUUUAAAACAUGCAAUAGUCUCAUUACUUUAUACUCACACGGCUUUACUCCCCAUCCUAGGCAACUUAGGGCUUUUCAGGGCUGCAGGAAGGCAGGCCAACGCCCCAGGGAGGAGAGCUGGCCCUGGCUUCGGACACCGGAAAAUCCCAUUAGAGAAAACUUAGAAAUGUCUACCAUGUCAUGUAUUUCCUUUAUGAGCUUAGUAAUUAUUACUGGAAGGCUAGGCUUACUGGAUAGUCUUACUGGGUAGCUUUAAAGACACUUAUUUUUCCACUUACCACCCUUUUAUAUGUCACUAAUGCUUAGAAAAACACUUUCAGUUGGAAUUAAUUUUUGGUUUUGGUAAGAAGAUAAAAUAUUUUAAUAGAUGAAAGAUAUAUAUUUUAAAUAUUCCCCUGCCCCUAGUGACUACCUUGAGUAGAGUGCGCAGCAGUGGUGACAAGUGUGGGCUCAGGUGCUGUUGCUGCUGAGUGAGUGUUGCAGACACUGGGCUGUCCCUCUGUACCCCACCCCACCCCCCAGGGAGACCCCGAGGACUGUAGACAGUGUUCUUUCCCAUAAUUCCUGCUGAGAGCAGUGGCCCUUGAAACAGAGGCAAAACAGUUUAUGUUGAGAAGGCGUGGCUUAUUCCUUAGUUUGCUUACCCUUGAAAAUGGAAAAACUACUAAAGUAUCUGCAUACAAGAUGCUCUCAAACUCAGUGAAACCUGACACUUCAUUUUUGGUGUUUGACUGAAGUCCAUUGCAGCUUCAGUUGCUGACGGGAAUCCCAUAGGAGAAAAUGGACCAGGGAAGAGAACGCUUGGGAGGCUGGUGAGCUCGAGUGGAAGACACCAUUUCACAGCUAGAAUUAGCUGCAGUCACUGCAGUCCUAGCGACCUGCCCACUGCCCACAUUCUGCUGUGCUCCUUAGUGUGUGUGCAAAGAGGAAACUAGGAGGGACAGGAGGGUGAGUCUUUCUGAUGGGGAAUCCAAGAGAUGUGUUAUUCCUCAAGAGGGUUUGGUAGCCCUUCUCUAGAGAGGGUAACCCUUAUACCUGUUUGAAGAAGUCAUCUGAAAUCAUCUGGGCCUGAUGUGCUGGUAUCAAGUCAGGGAGUACUCUGCCAGCACCAGCCUCUGGCCUCUGGCCCUUAGUUGUCUCUUUAAAAAAAGAAAAAGAAAAGAAAAGAAAGAAAGAAAAAAAGUCUGGCUGAGACUUGUCUAGGAAUCUUUCCUUACUGACCUCAUUUAUUUAAAAAAAAAUUCUUUGAUUAUGGAAAAAGUACUGGUCAUAAAUGGUCUUUUUUUUUUUAAGGUAAAAUGCCCCUCAGAAAUUAAAGCUAUUUAAUUAGUUAUUGUCUGAUUACAAACUGGCCACUGACUAAAAUGGCAGGCUAAUGAGGGAGGCUGUGUUCAUUCAGAAGGCACUUCUGAGCUCUUAGACCUGCCACCCUGUGCUGGACCACAGACUGGCCCCUCCUACUGAGGGCCAUGUGUAGUGCAGUGUGCGUGGAUGCGUUUGACCCAAGAGUGUAUUCAUGAACUGUGAAAGGCCGUUCCAUCCCUGGCAAUGCUCUACAAUGUUCGUGUUCAGGAGAUCUGGCUCAGCAGAUCACUCACAUUUUCUAUACCUUAUCAGUAUUUCUGGGUUUGAUUAACUCUGCUUUUUCCUAAGUAAUUUUCCCAAGGAAGAAUGGAUUUUCUCCUGCAGUGAUUAUAGACUAGUCACCCCUGUUCAAAGGCUGCAUUUAGCUCAAAUCCCAAGAAAUGAGUCAAGUCUGGAUUGCCCUGACAAAGCCUGUCCUUCACUUGAGUGACCUCCUAGUGCAUCCCAAGCUGACCUCUCCAGACCUGGCAGUGACUUGGGCUUUCUUUCUAGCUUAUCAUUGAAGCAGAGAGCCAGUAGGGAUGGAUAGCUAGCCCAUCAUUGGGUUAAAUCUGGACCAGCAUCAGCCCCUACCUUUAAAUGAAGACCCACAGCUCUGGUUCCCACUGUAGUGCUCCAGGGCCCAAAUAAUUGUGAAAGUUAUGUGGUUUGUGAAAGGGACAUCCAAGUGACAGGUUUUAUGAUGUUUCUUUCUUCUGUUUUCUUCAGUUAAGAAAUACCUGUAUCUCCUGAAUACACCCACACUAUAUAAAGUACUUAGUAGGGGGUACCCCACAGUGUGAUUUAAGUCAUUGGUGAGAUUUUGGUUAGAGUAGCUGUCAUUUUAAUUAACAGCCUUUGUGGUUUCUUUCACUCAAACUCCAUAGGGUCCUAACCCUUCCUUAGCCAGCCCUUUCCUCACCAGCCGUACAGGCCUCUUUAGACUGAGCCCUUAGGAUGGAUGGAGCUGGAGUUUUUAGAACUUAGUAGGAUUUGAGGAGCAGGUUUUGAGGAUGAGGCUGCUGCACAGAAUUUUUUUUGUGGGGGGUGGGGGGGAGAUGACACAGAGAUGCACAUUUCCCAGAUUGUUAUCCAUGGUAGCAUUCUGAGGAUUGUUCUGUGGAAGAGACUUGGAGGUACACAGAGGCUACCAAUUUUUAGUCAUACAGGAUGGAGGGAAAAGUGCCAUGUCCCCAUGAGUAGACAGCUUUGUGUAUUGGCAGGAUUUUUUCUGAGGGGGAAAAUGCACUCUUGUGUUUCCUAAGUUUGUUGCCAGGAGUGUGGGAACUUACACCACACAAGAGCUGACCCUAGACUCUGAGGUCCCUCAUUCCCUCACUCUUCGGAGUCUUGGGUCCAGGAGGAGUUAGACAAGGCCAUGCUAAGGCCAGACUUGCUCAUGCCCUUCCCAGUGCUGCGUGUGAGGCACAGACAGUUCAGCCUUCGGAUGUCAAGCUGGACCGGGAGCAGCUUCAACGUGGUUCCAGAUACCUGCAGCUGCAGACAGGUUCUCUCUAGCUGCUACCUGCCCUCCAAACGGAGCCUCAGUGCAGCCCAGCAGAUCCCAGUUUGCUCAGGCAUAACCACCAGCAAAGCAAGCAGACAGACUAUGCAAGAUGGGAAAUAACUAGCUGAAAUGCCAACUAUGUUUGUUUUUUUCUACCUGAUAACACUGUUUACUUAUAACUGUAUAAAUAUAGUUGUCCUAAGAGCCAGGAGGGAAACCUUUCCACCUAGAAAUAGAACGGUUGUCUGUUGGCUUUAGGCCACCUGUACAGCUCCUUGUGGUCUGGUGAUUGUGGUUUAUUCAACCUGUUUACAUUAGAAUUGGAGAAGGGGCCCUGGAUCUUGGUGGGCUGCCACUGCUGUCUGUAUCCCCUUGACUCCUAAAGAGCCUUUUGAUAGAGGGACUUGGGACAAGGUAUGCCCUGUCAGGGAUGCUUUUACCACAAAGGAAUGGUGUGGAAUCAAGUGGGAUGAUUGAUGGAUGAUUAACACAGUACCAAAGUGCAUUCUUCAAUGUGUAUGUGCCUGUUCCAGGCAAGGCCCAAGUUGAAAAUGCAGUAAAGCAGACUCAUGAAAGCAAACAGAC